UGCUGUCCGCUUUCCGUCAUUCUGCAGGAUUGACUAAGAUUAAUACAAACAAGGAACUGCCCGCUCUCCUCUCCUCUCUCCCCCCUUUCUCUCUCUCUGACUGUCUCUUGCCUCUUGCUCUUGCUCUUGCUCUUAAAAGGAUCAUUGCGUCCUGUUGUGUUUGAUCUUUCCGUCCCCUUUCCUUCAUUCACGCUGGUCUGGAACUGUCAUUGCCCCCCUCGUGGCCCGUCACUCCUUCGCCUGUUGAUAUUGCCGACCGCUGUUCUGUCAUUACCCAAAGGCAUUAAGCUCGUCUCUGUCCGAGCCUGCAUCUACCAGUAGUUCUUUCCUGACCAGGAACUCAUCGUGCGUUACCUCGUUACAUUCAUCGCCUUCGACACAAUGAGACAUCACAUUCUUUUGCUGGCCGCCACGGCCGCCCACAUGGCUUUCGCCAAACCGAUCAGGGCCUGCCCUGCGAAGUCGCGCUCGACGACCGUCAUCACCUUCACUGUCGGUCCGACAUCCGCAGUUCCGACACUUUCCCCCGUCCGCCCGACGCCGAUCGAGCAGUCGGCCCCGUCCGAGACCCCCGUCGAAGCACCCGUCGAGACCCCUGUUCAGGUGUCGCCGUCCGUCACCACUCCCGCGCCGCCUUCGGCCCCCGUGGGGGAGAAGGCCGCCCCAUCGUCGAGCAGUGUCAAAACCCCGGUCGUAUCCACGACACCGAUCAGCAGCGGCGAGACUAAACAGGGCAAGUCGACAUUCUAUGGCGGCAACACCUCCGGUGGCAUGUGCUCCUUCUCGACGUACACCAUCCCCUCGGGCCUGUUCGGCACCGCCUUCUCCGGCCAGGUUUGGGAUUCGGCCGCUCACUGCGGUGCUUGCGUCAAGGUCACCGGCCCCAACGGAAAUAGCUUGACGGCGAUGAUUGUCGACCAAUGCCCCGAGUGCGACGAGGGCCACCUCGAUCUCUUCCAAGACGCCUUCACCAAGCUUGGUUCCGUUUCAGACGGCAUCAUAUCGACUUCGUACGAGUUCGUCGAGUGCGGCAUCACGUCGCCCAUCAAGCUGCACAACAAGUCCGGUACAUCGCCCCACUGGUUCUCCAUGCAGGUGUUGAACCACAACGAGCCCGUAUCGACGCUGGAGGUUAGCACGGACGGUGGAAGUACCUGGCAGGCGACGACGCGCCAGCAGUACAACUUCUUUGAGAACCCGAGCGGCUUCGGAACCGACUCUGUUGACGUUCGGGUGACGAGUGAAUCCGGAAAUAUUGUAACUGUCGAGGGCGUCAGCAUCGCGGCCGACUCUGAGCACGAGGCAGCAGCCAACUUCUAAGCCGAGCCGUUAUGCAGCAAUCAGGUAGGGCCGCUGCCCGAGGACGAGCGCAGUUCGGAGAUUUUUGUUUCUUGCAUUUCGCAACGGUUCAUCGUCCACGUUCGGAUGCAUCCUGGAAACUGGGAACCGUGUGCUGCCGCUGCUGUGUCUGCUGCAGACACGAACGGCAAUUCGAUCCGGACGAUCGCCUGCUUCGCUUGGCCGAGCAUUUGUUUUCUCUUCUUUGCUCCCCAUUUCAAACCUCUCGUCGUGGGUCAUGUUGUCUUGUGUUCGUUGAGGGCUUUGGCGGUAUUAUCAUUGCGGACUAGACAUUGGGGGAAUUUCUUCUCGGCUGUGCCAGGAACGCUCCUGGUGACGUCAAAACUUUCCGAUGCAGCAAUAGUGCAACCUCGAUUGAUUCCAAUUUUGGGUCGAUGACUUGACAUUUCCCCUUCAUCCGAAUCUCAACCUGAUCGUCC